CCCCACUCUUCGAAACGCAAAUCAGAGUUAUUAGAGUGAGCUUGCCUUGAUCUAGAUCGAGAAUGUCUUCCCAUUUGGGUCAUCUACAGAAAACCUGGAAUUUUCUGGAAAGGCUUGCCGAGCCAAAUAGCCAUGUGCGUCUAGAUGGUGACUCGCUGGGCUUAGGAGCAGUUGUAGCUGUGUCAAGAUCAUCUACAAAGGUGUCAGUGCUCGACCCAGAACAACUAGCACAGCGCUUAGAAGAGGGCAUGAGAACUUUGACGCGUCUUCUUGAAAGAAAUGAGCAGGUUUACGGUGUCAAUACCGGAUGUGGAGGCAAUUCGGAUACUCGGACGGAGCAACUGAGGCUCCUUCAACAUUCAUUCUUGCAACACCAUCAAUGCGGGAUCCUGCCCGAUCCAGCCUCUGCCGGGUCAGGAGCUGUGGAAGAGGAUAGGCACAGCCUCUCCCAGGAGACUGUCCGUGGUACUAUUCUUUUACGCUGCAACUCACUUCUCCGCGGACAUUCGGGGGUCAGGAUUGAAAUCAUUGACUUUCUGCUCCAUGUGCUGAAUGAGGAGAUCACGCCAGUGAUACCUCUGCGCGGGAGUAUAUCUGCAUCUGGGGAUCUCACGCCCCUGUCUUACAUCGGGGGGUUAAUCGAAGGAAAUCCGGAUAUCUACGUGCAGGUGAGAGAAAAUGGCAAAGGACGACUUAUGACCGCGGAGGCAGCUCUGCAGCAAGCGAACAUCAGUCCCUUGUCACUAAAUGCCAAAGAAGGUCUGGGCAUUAUGAACGGUACUGCUGUUAGCGCUGCUGCAGCGUCAUUAGUGCUUUAUGACAGUCAUAAUCUGGCCAUUCUCUCGCAAGUUUGUACAGCCAUGGCAACAGAAGCCCUAGUAGGCACUGUCGACAACUAUCAUGAGUUCAUCUCAGAAUGCCGGCCACACCCAGGCCAAAAAGAGGUGGCAAGAAAUAUCCGCUCAUGUCUUCGAGGAUCUCAUCUUUCUCCAGAGACAGAUGUGAAUAAGCUGGGGUUGGCACAGGACCGAUAUGCUUUGCGCACUGCACCCCAGUGGAUUGGGCCCCAGCUUGAGGAUCUUCUAAAUGCGGACCGGCAAAUUGAGAUUGAACUGAAUUCAGCCACGGAUAAUCCACUUAUCGACGUGUCAAGAGAUCGCUUUCACCAUGGAGGCAACUUCCAGGCAGUUUCGGUAACUUCUGCCAUGGAGAAAGUCCGCGGUGUGCUGGUUAUGUUGGGAAAGAUCCUACUUGGACAAUGUAACGAGCUCACCAAUCCUUGCCUGAGUGGAGGACUGCCACCGAACCUAUGUGCAGAUGACCCCAGUGUCUCCUUCACAGUCAAAGGGUUAGACAUUCAUAUGACGGCAUAUUACUCCGAGUUGGCCUACCUCGCCAAUUCGGUUGCUAGUCACAUUCAGACUGCCGAGAUGGGUAACCAGUCAGUUAAUUCUUUGGCGCUCGUCUCGGCCCGGUGUACAGGCCAAUCGGUGCAGCUUUUGUCGAUGAUGUGUGCUGCACAUUUGUACGUUCUUUGCCAAGCACUAGAUCUCCGUGUUCUCAACCUGGAAUUUCUCGCUACCGCCAAAGCAAAGUCGAGAGAACUCUAUGGCAAGACCUUCACUACUGAUAACGAGCUGGGUGAUUCGCAUUUUGAGAACGUAUGGUCGCAGAUCGCAUCGACCUGGAUAGAUACAGCCCAGCUCGAUCCCAGCAACCGCUGUGAGAAGGUAGCUGCACAGUCGUUUGCUUACCUCAUGGGUAAAAAAAUGGUGGCAACAGCGGUUCCUUCGUCCUCAUUCUGCAGCUCGACCAAGCAGUGGAAAGAAAAGCUCUUGCUCUUGCUCUGCGAUCUCUACACCCAUACCCGAGCUGAUUUCACGGCAAAACCUUCCACCCCCUCCUACCUCGGAGCCGUGACCAGAUCCACGUAUGUAUUUGUGCGACACGACCUUGCAGUGCCAUUUCAUCGGGGAGUCAGCGAUCAUCCAACCAUUGCCGGUGACAGUGAUACCGGCGAAUCGAAGAAAACCGUCGGAUCUCACGUUACCCGCAUUUACGUCGCAGUCAGAAAUGGUGACCUUAUGAAGCCAGUUAAGGCUAUGUUAGGGCCUCACUAGUGUUCUUCAUUGGUUCUUGGCGG